CCCCUCCGAGCCGAGCCGAGCCGGGCCGGGCCGGGCCGGGCCGGGCUUGGAGACGCUCAUGGCGAAAGUGCCCGGCGAGAUGGAGAUCGAGCGCAGGGAGCGCGGCGAGGAGCUGUCCGAGGCGGAGAGGAAGGCGGUGCAGGCGACGUGGGCCCGGCUCUAUGCCAACUGCGAGGACGUGGGGGUGGCCAUCCUGGUGAGGUUCUUUGUGAACUUCCCCUCUGCCAAGCAGUACUUCAGCCAGUUCAAACACAUGGAGGAGCCCCUGGAAAUGGAGCGGAGCCCUCAGCUGCGGAAGCAUGCCUGCCGGGUCAUGGGGGCCCUCAACACGGUGGUGGAGAAUCUCCACGACCCUGACAAGGUGUCCUCCGUCCUGGCCCUGGUCGGCAAGGCCCACGCGCUCAAGCACAAGGUGGAGCCCGUCUACUUCAAGAUCCUCUCUGGGGUCAUUCUAGAGGUGAUCGCCGAGGAGUUCGCCAACGACUUCCCCCCUGAGACGCAGGGAGCGUGGACCAAGCUGCGGGGCCUCAUCUACAGCCACGUGACGGCCGCCUACAAGGAAGUGGGCUGGGUACAGCAGGUCCCCAACGCCGCCACCCCCCCCACCACGCUGCCCUCCUCGGGGCCAUAGGACCCCUCCCAGCUCCCCCCUUCCAAGGCAGCACCUUGAGCAGAAGGCUGAGUUCUGAAGACCCUCCUUGACCCUCCAUUUUGAGGUGCCAAGGAAGCUGGAGGAACCCCGACUUGUCUUCCUGGAAGGAGGCCUUCGCCACGGCCGGCCUCAGUCCCCCCCCCAGCUGCCGGGAGGCCAUGUUGGCUGCCUGGAUGCGGACCCCAGCUGGCGGGCGGGGGGGGGGGGCACCCUCCCGCCCUGCAGAGGGGCCACUCCUAGCUUUUCUAUUCACUGUUUAGAGAGGGACCAAGCUGAGCGGCUGGCAGGGAGCGGGGACGAAGUCUAAGUCACUCUGGGAAAGAAUCAGCCCAGUUGUGUUGUUCUGGCCACCAGCAUGCAGGUCUCCACUUCAGCAUCUAGAGUUGAGCGCACAUCUACCAUCACCACAGAUAUAUUCUAUAUACGAUCUCUAUAGAAAUCUCUAUACCUAUAUAUCUAUAUCUAUAUAAAUCUAUACCUAUCACGUGUAUCUGCAGGCCUGGGACCCUCGCCUGCCCCUCUCCGUGGGGGGAUGGGAGGUGUGGGGGGAGGGGAGGCCUGGUUACACUUCUGCGCUGACAGCUCAGAAGAACGCGGGACAAGCACCGAGGCUUGGGCUGGCUGGCUGGGAAAAGCUGCGGUGACCCAGCCUUGUGGGACAAGUCCAGCCACUCAGACCAAUUCCCCUCAUUCCUGCCUUCCACCUCUGGGCAAAAAUGAUUUUGCAUUCCUACCCUUCCCCCAAAGAGCUUUGGCUCAUGGACUUGUCCUAGAAUAGAGAAAGGGCCAGGACAGGCCCAGAGGCCCACAGCUCCCCACUGGGUGGCCACGUGGGGGGGGGUGUCGGGCAGGGAGGGGGGCUCAGUAGGGAAGGCUGACAUGCCAGGUUCACUGACCCUCUGGCAGACAGCACCAGCCCAAGUGCAGAGCCUGGGGCUCACCCCCUCCCCCCUCCUCUCCACCCAUCCGCCUCCCUGGGCCCCUCCCCCCAUGUGUGCCCUUGGUCAUGUGAUUGUCCUGAAGGAUAGUUUGCCUGCAUCCCCUCCUGUCCCAUCCUCCCAAGGUCCUCCUGUCCACCUUUUGUAGUCUCGGAUGUUUGUAACCAGACCCAGCCGUGUCAUUAAACAGACCUGUCUUCGUGU